AUGAAAAAUAUAAGGGAAACACUCUCUAAUCUUAUUAUUAGUCAUUGGAAUAUUAACGGAAUUGCUGGCAAAUGCAGUGAAUUAAAGCAAUAUGUCCAGGACCGUCGCCUACACAUUAUGAUGUUGAAUGAAACGAAGCUCAAUUCUGAACGCAAUAUCAAGAUUACCAAUUUCAAAUGCAUCAGGAAAGAUAGAAAUGAGAGAGGGACAAGUGGUGGAGUCAUGAUCUAUGUUAGAGAAGGAAUUAGGUGUCAUGAAGUACCCUUAGAUACUAAAAUCAUUGAGGCUGUGGCAAUUAAGCUUGAAAACAAUUUAGUGAUAGUGUCAGCAUAUAAAGCACCAGGGAACAAACUAGAUUCUCGAGAUUUGAACCUCAUAUUCCAAACAGGAAGUAAAGUUUUCAUGUACGGGGACUUUAAUGUCAAAAGCACAGCCUGGAACUGUAGAUUUACUAAUACCAGGAAUAGCACAAUAUUUGAUUUUGCAGAAAACUAUCUAUGUGAGAUUCACUAUCCUGAUAAUUUUACAUCUUACCCUUACAAUAGCACCUUUCCUAGUACAGUAGACACAGAUAUAUCUAAAAACAUUGUUUGUGAUAUCACGGUUGAUGCAAUCAACGAAUUUGAUUCAGAUCAUUUACCUGUUAUUCUCUCUAUGAGUAUCAGUACAGCUAAGUUAGAGAUGGAGAUUAGAACGUUUCCUAAUUACAAAAAAGCUAACUGGGGGUUGUUCAGGAAACUUAUUAAUAAAAACCUUACUCUUAGUAGAAGUAUUAAAACUCAAGCAGAUCUUGAUAGAUCCGUCAACGAUCUGGUCAGUGUGAUUCAUAACGCCAUGGAAAAGUCUAUACCAAGAAACAGUUGUUAG